AUGAGGCUUGAUUCAGUGCAUUUAUCCAUGCUGGUCAUCGGGGUCUCCUUCGCCUGCUACUCCCCGAGUUUGAAUUCCCUGCAGGACCAGGCUCACAAGUCCGCCGUGGUGAUCGAGGGCAAGGUGCAGUCUGCGCCUGCGAACGUCUCCGCGGAGCCGUACCGUGUGAAUGUCAAAGUGCUGGACGUGUGGCCGCUCAACAGCGGGGGUCUGGAGCGCGAGCAGCUCGUCACCGUGGGAGAGUUCGGAUCGGAGGCUCCGUGCACCAAAGUGAAAAAGAACCACAGAUACAUUUUUUUCAUGGACCCGACCGACGAGCCCUUGGUUUUCAAGGCGUCGUUCGCGCCCCUGGAUACGAGCGGAAAGACUCUCAAAAAGGAUGUUGGGAAGAUCUUGUGUGAGGACUGCGCAGCUGCUCCAAAGCUGAAACCGAUGAAGAAUCCAUUAAUGGUGGACGAGGGGAGCAGGCUCACAGUUAAAUGUGAGGCCACGGGGAACCCUGUUCCGACCUACAGAUGGUUCAAAGAUGGCAGCGAGCUCAAGAAAAGCAAAAAGAUCAAAAUAAAGAGCGGCCAGAGAAACUCCAGAGUCCAGAUCAGCAGAGCAAAACUGGAGGACUCUGGGAAUUACACAUGUGUGGUGGAGAACCUGCUGGGGAAGAACAACGCCACUGGCUCUGUUUAUGUCCAAAGCAUAACCACAACACCAUCUCCAGGCUCAGGCCACGCCAGAAAAUGCAACGACACAGAGAAGACCUACUGUGUGAAUGGCGGUGACUGUUACUUCAUUCAUGGUAUAAAUCAGUACUCCUGCAAGUGUCCAAAUGACUUUACUGGUGAUCGCUGUCAAACCUACGUUAUGGCCAGUUUCUACCAGCAUCUUGGGAUUGAAUUUAUGGAGGCAGAAGAGCUCUACCAGAAAAGAGUCCUGACAAUCACGGGUAUUUGUGUGGCUCUGUUGGUGGUGGGCAUCGUGUGUGUGGUGGCCUACUGUAAAACCAAGAAACAAAGAAAGAAGAUGCACAAUCAUCUGAGACAGAACAUGUGUCCAGAACAUCCCAAUCGAAAUCUUGCUAAUGGACCCAAUCACCCCGGACCAGGCCCAGAGGAAAUCCCCAUGGUAGACUACAUAUCAAAGAAUGUCCCUGCAACUGAACGGGUCAUACGGCCCUCGACGGAGGCCUCUUUCCCCGGCAGCCAUGCCUCUUCCAGAUCUCACAACUCUUCCACACGAGCCCAUUCAUCAACUCACAGGCAUGAGGAGCGGACAUGGAGCCUGGAGCGUUCAGACAGUAUCCUCUCCGACUCGCCCGGAAUGAUGUCAUCAUCUGUGGGGACCAGUAAAUGCAGCAGCCCUGCGUGCAUGGAGGCACGGGCCAGGCGUGCAGCACACUGUGGUUUCUCUGACUCCCAUCGGCCGGGCCUCCAGUACGGCGACUCCUUUGAUUCACUUGGAGACUCCCCACACAGUGACAGGUAUGUGUCAGCCCUGACGACACCAGCCCGCCUCUCGCCAGUGGAUUUCCAUUACUCACUGCCCCCGCAGGUGCCUACUUUCCAGAUCACUUCCCCCAAUGCCAGCCAUGCCAUGUCUCUCCCCCCUGCUGUCCAUAAUCCCUACCCCCUGGAGGACGACCAGCCCCUGCUGCGCCGCUACCAGGUGCCGCUGCACGACGCCCAGUGCCAGGAGCCCUACCGGCAGCAACGCCGCACCUAUCUCAAUGAGAGCAGGGGCAGCCUGCCGUCCAGCCCCUACCGGCUGGCUGAGGAUGAGGACUAUGAGACCACGCAGGAGUAUCUCUCCUCUCGGGAACAACCAAAGAGAAGUGGGUCCAGUGGAUCUGGGAGCCGGCGCUGGCGGAGAUCCAGACUGAAUGGCCAUGUGGCACCACGUGGAUACGAGGCGUCCCGGGACUAUGGCUCUCGAAGCUGCCUAACAGAUAGCGAGUCAGAGGAAGAGGGCGAGAGCACGCCCUUCCUCAGUAUGCAGAACAUGAACGCCGAGCCCUCCACCAUCUACAGGCCGGCGGACAGUCGGACUUCUCACUCGGGGCGGCACAGCGGGCAUGGGGACGUACACACGAGACUUACGCACUCACGCUCCAAACCGGACAGUACACCCCAUUAA